AUGGCUAAUCCCUCAGAACCCGCCAGCGAUGGCAAGGGGCGCCUCCUCCUCGUUUCCAACCGUCUGCCCAUCACCAUCAAGCGCUCCGAUGACGCUACUUACGACUUCUCAAUGUCCUCUGGCGGUCUAGUCAGUGGCUUGUCGGGACUCGCAAAGACUACAAAGUUCCAGUGGUAUGGCUGGCCCGGUAUUCAGGUUCCUCAGAACGAAAUUGGUCUGGUCAAGGACAGACUAUGGAAAGAGUACGGCGCGNACUCAAUCCUCUGGCCCCUCUUUCACUACCACCCCGGUGAGAUCACCUUCGACGAGUCCGCAUGGAACGCCUACCGCGAGGCCAACCGCCUGUUCGCAAAGGAGAUCGCAAAAGACGUGCAAGACAACGAUCUGAUCUGGGUCCACGACUACCACCUCAUGCUUCUUCCUGCUAUGCUCCGUGAAGAAAUUGGCGAUUCGAAGCGCAACGUCAAGUUCGGUUUCUUCCUCCACACUCCCUUCCCCAGUAGCGAGAUCUACAGAAUCUUGCCCGUCCGUAACGAGAUCCUCAAUGGCGUCCUGCACUGCGAUUUGGUCGGAUUCCACACCUAUGAUUAUGCUAGGCACUUCCUCAGCAGUUGUUCCAGAAUCCUCCAACUACCAACAACGCCCAACACAGUCGAGUUCCAGGGCAAGGUCGUCACUGUCGGUGCCUUCCCCAUCGGUAUUGAUCCUGAGAAGUUCGAGGAAGGGCUCAAGAAGCCCAAGGUCGUGGAACGCAUUCAGACACUUGAGAAGAAGUUCCAAGGUGUCAAGCUGAUCGUCGGUGUUGACCGUCUCGAUUACAUCAAGGGUGUUCCUCAAAAGCUACAUGCUCUUGAAGUCUUCUUGACAGAACAUCCCGAAUGGAUCGGCAAGGUCGUCCUGGUUCAAGUCGCUGUUCCUUCGAGACAAGAUGUAGAGGAGUACCAGAACCUGCGUGCUGUUGUCAACGAACUGUCGGUCUCGUUCGAUGAGCUGAUUGCUCUCUACGCUGUCAGCGAUGUCUGCCUCGUCUCCUCGACCCGUGACGGCAUGAACCUUGUUUCGUACGAGUACAUUGCAACCCAGCAGAAGCGUCACGGUUCCAUGAUUUUGUCUGAAUUUACUGGCGCAGCCCAAAGUCUUAACGGUAGCAUCAUCGUCAACCCCUGGAACACCGAAGAACUCGCCGAUGCUAUCCACGACGCCGUGACCAUGGGGGAUGAGCAGAGAAGUAUCAACUACCACAAGCUUGCCAAAUACGUCAACAAGUACACCAGUGCUUGGUGGGGCGAGUCCUUCGUCAAUGAGCUCACCAGAAUCUCUGAGCAAGCCGAGAAGAAGAUUAAGGUCAAGCAGUCGCAGUUUGAUGGCAAGAUGCACGAAGAGAUAACUCAGCAGAGCACUGCCGACCAAGACGUUGAGGGUACUGGCUCUGGUGUAAACUCUGGCGUCAACUCUGGUACUUCGACUCCGAGAAGACCUGAUGCAAAGAGAGCCGCGACUGCUCUCUAA